AUGUCCCAGAAUGGUCGCGGAAGACCAAUCAAUCGAGGAGGACUCAGCAAUCGCAUGGAAGAGAAUCGCCGCCGUGCUACCGGUCAGCAACAUCUUCACACAACGAUGCACCUAGGCUUUCCUUCCUCUAGGAAUUCGCUUGCACUGCCGUCGAACACAAACUACCGUCCGGGGUCGCUCAACAACAGUAUACCUAGCGAGACCAACAGGGAUUCUCGAUCGAACACGUUCCCUAGUGUCGACAAUUGUAAUCUUGCAGCCCAACCUUGGAUUCCAACAAACCCAACACAGCCCAAUCACAUUCAGCAUCUAUCUCGUCACAUCCCGGUCCCCUUCAGACCAAACAGCCAAACGAUACAUCGGGAUGUAUCCUAUGCAUCCCAGAUGGCCUCCUCUAAUAAGCACCCCCUUCCACAUCAUCCGAAUCAACGUUCUUCUAUUGCGUCAGGGGGGGUAGCUAUCAUGCCCCCAUUAUUCACAUCUGAUCAAACGCAGCCAUUGUUUCCUAACACUCUCCCAACUGCGCAUAGCAACCGGCACAUUCUGUCUCCUUGUCCAACGACAAACCAAACGCCAAACAAUGUUUUUUCCCACCACAGCAAUCAUCAAGAUCGACUGCUCAGCCAUCGAAGCCAGCCAGCCUCACCUUCCUAUCAAGGGAGAACAAUGCCUCACCACCGCUCCCAGACCUCCAAUGCCCCUUUGAAACAUCAAUUCCAUCCAAUCCCGAGGAGUGCAAGGAUCUCCCUGCCAUCCAUCAGCUGUCCUCCCACGCUCAAACCCAUCUCCUGUCGAUUUUCCCGGAAAUGCAGCUCCAAAUUCCUCUCCCGAUUUGCCAAACAACGCAAAUGA